AUGGCGCGACUUCCCGAGCCACACGGCAACAUUGUGGUACUGCAAGAAAAAUUGUAUGUACCCUGUAAAGACUUUCCCGACUACAACUUCAUUGGGCGGAUUCUUGGACCACGUGGAAUGACUGCCAAACAGUUGGAGAUGGAGAGCGGAUGUAAGAUCAUGAUAAGGGGAAGGGGAUCCAUGCGGGAUAAAGUCAAGGAAGAAGAAUUCAGAGGCAAACCAAACUGGGAGCACUUGGAUGAAGACUUGCACGUGUUAUUGAUGGUAGAGGACACGGAGAACAGGGCAGCCAUUAAGAUGACCAGGGCCAUUGAGGAUGUGAAGAAACUCCUCCAACCUGCUGCUGAAGGUGAGGACAACUUGAAAAAGUUGCAGCUGAUGGAACUCGCUAUCAUCAACGGCACCUACCGAGAACUUCAGAGGCCGCCACAACAACAUCAUUAUCAACAGCAGCAGCAGCAGCAACAGCAGCCACAACAACAGCAGCAAGCUACCACAACAGCCACAAACGUUCAGGACGACGGCGGCGAAACCACAGAAGCCAGUUUAUUGACCACAAGAAGCUACAUCUGUCCACAAACUCCAGGGACAGCCACAAUGGUCACCACCCCAAUUCUUCUCACGCCAAGAAUUCCUCCAUUCUUCCCACCACCUGGUUCUCUGGGAAGGCCUCAGGUCUACAACCCCCACACACACGGAUCGCUAUUUACUUCCGGGGUUGAUCAGAAUGGGUUGUACUUCCAUAUCGAUCCCAAUUACGUCACAGUCCAUCAUUCGCCAUUCCUGGAGUACGCACUGUCUUGCGGGGCAACCGGUGAGGGGGGUGGCGGGAGAAUGGCUGGAAAGGAGGGAGUGGGUGAAUGAAAUUUUUGUGGGGUUAAUUAUUUUUUUUUUGAAGUUUUUAUGUCGUAACUAACAA